UAGGACCAUGCCGAUGGCUGUCGCUCCGUCCUUCGACCCGCUACCGCCAUCCCCACCCAUAGCCAUGUUGCCCACCAUCAACGUCAAUGCUGUGUGCAUCCGUAAUGGCCACUUCGUGGACGCCGAGGGCCGCGUUCGACUACUGCGUGGUGUGAACCUCGGCGGCUCGUCCAAACUUCCCUACGGCUACCACCACACCGACCGCCACUCCAGCAGCAGCUUCUUCGAUGGAGCGCGCUCCGUUUCCUUCGUCAACCGACCGUUUACGUUGAGUGAGGCGCCCCUACACUUCGCACGACUGCAACGUUGGGGCCUGACACUGCUGCGGUUUGUUGUGACCUGGGAAGCCAUCGAGCACGCCGGACCGGGCGUCUACGACAGAGAAUAUCUGCGGUAUAUCCGAGAUAUCAUUGCAAUCGCCGCAGACUAUGGCCUCAGUAUCUACGUGGACCCACACCAAGACGUCUGGUCAAGGUGGACAGGAGGAGACGGCGCACCAAUGUGGACACUGGAAGCUGUGGGGCUGGAACCGAGGGGGCUCGAAGCCACCAAAGCCGCUCUGUGUGUGGAGACCUGUGGACUAGAAGUAUCCAAGUAUCCAAAGAUGAUCUGGCCCACGAACUACUUCAAGAUGGCGUGUGCUACCAUGUUCUCGCUCUUCUGGGGAGGAUCCAAGUGCGCUCCGUCGUGUCGGGUGAAUGGAAUACCCGUGCAGGAAUACUUACAAUCGCACUAUUUAAACGCCAUGACGGAGUUAGCGGAAGCACUUAAGGGGUUGCCCAACAUUGUGGGCUUUGGAACGAUGAACGAGCCGUCGUCGGGGUAUUUGGGACUUGAGGACUUGAACAAGCAUUUCCACCAUGGAGAACUCAAAUAUGACUUGGCCCCAACUCCGUUUCAAGGAAUGGCACUGGCAGACGGAUACCAGCAGGUUAUUCAACGCUGGUCCAAUGGUGCAAACCAGCACGUGUUUGGACGCCCAGAUGAGCUGGUGACGGUGGAUCCCAACGGGGUGCGUGCGUGGCAGCAAGGACGGCGGUGUAUAUGGAGAGAUGAAGGCAUUUGGGACGUGGAUAGCAGGACAGGGCAACCAGUUCUGCUGCGUCCAGACCACUUUGCCGGUAUCAUGUUUGGAAGGGAUUGCUACGUGCCUUUCGCUGCGCGCUUUGCAGAACGUAUUCGCAGCGUCUUGCCGCAUACUUUGCUGUUCAUUGAGCUGCCUCCACUGGAGUUUAGUAUUGACGCAUUUCCCGAGAUUGACGACACUCUCAUCCCUCGAGCAGUUAACGCAACGCACUGGUACGAUGGCGUCACGUUGUUUCUGCAGGCUUGGCGUCCGUACUUCACUGUGGAUCCCAGGACCAAGUGCCCUGCGUUUGGCUACACUGCAGUACGCAGGACGCACAUGAAACAACUAGCAGGUAUCAAAGGAUACGGCAGUGAGCAGAUGAACAACGCUCCGACACUCAUCGGUGAGACGGGGAUCCCGUUUAACAUGCACGGCGGCAAAGCCUUCCGAAGUGGAGACUUCAGUGCACAAGUCGGAGCUUUGGACAACACCGUGUCGUGUCUAGAGGCCAGUCUGGUCUCCUUCACGCUCUGGUGCUACACGUCCGACAACUGCAAUGGCUACGGCGAUCAGUGGAAUUUAGAAGAUCUGAGUCUGAUCAGCAUGGACAAACCCAUCCGAUCUGGAGCUUAUGAUUCCGUUCCAGAGCGAGAUGCUUGUGCUCGAGCCGUUCGAGCCUUUGCUCGUCCGUAUGCCACGCGUAUUGCUGGCACUCCUUCCAAGUCCGAGUUCAUUCUCGAUCGAGUGCGUUACGAACUGGAGUUCGUAUCGGACCCGACAAAGUCGAAUGAAGGUGCGAUGCAUCCUACCGAGGUGUUCGUGCCGCAAUUGCAGUAUCCGCGAGGUUACACAGUGGAGAUGUCGGACGGCCACUUCUCCGUCCAAUCGCACGAUGGCUGGGACAUUGUGAGCUAUCUGCAUGAGCCAUCAAAAGCCAACCACUGGUUCGUGAUCACGUCCAAGGACUGGAAUAUCGAGAAACGUCGUCGAGCUUGCGUUGUUCGUCGGAGGAUACUGAUGACUCCCGUCGUCGCACUUGGUAUCUACGUGCUGUAUUUGAUUUCCAGCUAA